UCGCGCCUUCUCUUUCUCUCUCUCUCUCAUCGUUUUUCCCUCUCCUCCUCUUCACGGCCACCAGCCUCCGUGACUGUCGGCGUCGCUAGUCACCGGCGUCAGAACUAUGACGAGUUAGUUUUUUGGUGGCUGGCUGUACCUAGAAAUCUCAAUUCUAAUGGCUUCCAUUCAUCGGAGACGUCAGUUUAUGUGUCUAUGAUUCAUGAGAUAAAUGAUGCAAUAUUUUCAAGGAGGCAACCAAAUAUUUCGAUCACAUUGUAUCUAAAUUGCAUUGGGAGCAAAAAAAAUGGAUGGGCUUUUCCCUUCUAUAUUGGGUUUCAUGUUGGAUAAAUAACUUGGCUUUACACAGUGGAUUUGAUGGAUGAAAUGGUUGAGGUUGAUGGGAUGGCUCAUCCUGCAAUUGUAGAUGACAGUGAUGUUGACCCUCAUGAAGGUGAAAUUAACAAUGUCGAAGAUUCUUCACUUCACGAUGAAGAUGGAAUCAUUGAACCAUAUGUGGGCAUGGAAUUUGAAUCUGAAGACGACACAAAGACCUUCUAUGAUGAGUAUGCACGACGCUUUGGUUUUAGUUCAAAAAUUGGCCAACUUAGUCGUUCUAAAUCUGAUGGAACUAUAAUUGCAAGAGAAUUUGUAUGUGGUAGAGAGUGUUCAAAAAGGAAAUCUGCUGAUAGUUGUGAUGCAAUGCUUAGGAUAGAGUUGAAAGAUCAGGAUAAAUGGGUUGUCACAAAAUUUGUAAAGGAACAUAGUCAUUCUACAGUAAAUUCUAGUAAGGUGCAUUAUCUACGGCCUCGCAGGCAUUUUGCUGGUGCUGCAAAGACCAUGACUGAAGCGUAUACUGGUUCUGCAGGCGUUCCCAGUGGUGUCAUGUCUCUAUUAAUGGAUGACAACCGUGCAUCUGCAGAGAAAAAUCGUGGAGUUAGAACUACAUCAUCUCAAGCAGAAGCAAAUCGGUCACUUAAUAAUGCUUCAACUAUGAAUUAUGCCAUCAGGAAUGCUCGCCGAAAGAGGACAUUGGGGAGGGAUGCUCAGAAUAUGCUCGAAUAUUUUAAGAAAAUGCAAUCUGAGAAUCCUGGAUUUUUUUAUGCCAUACAACUUGAUGAAGAUAAUCGUAUGGCUAAUGUAUUUUGGGCAGAUGCAAGAUCUCGAGCAGCUUACAGUCAUUUUGGUGAUGCAGUUACAUUGGACACAAUGUACAGAGUUAACCAGUUUAGAGUUCCAUUUGCUCCAUUCACUGGAGUGAAUCAUCAUGGUCAGACAAUUUUAUUUGGAUGUGCUUUACUGCUUGAUGAAUCUGAGGCUUCUUUUGUUUGGUUGUUCAAAACAUUUCUAACAGCAAUGAACGAUCGUCAGCCUAUAUCAAUUACCACUGAUCAGGACAGAGCCAUACAUGUAGCUGUUGCUCAAGUGUUUCCAGAAGCCCGACACUGCAUUAGCAAAUGGCAUGUCUUAAGAGAAGGUCAGCAGAAGUUGGCUUCUGUAUGUCUCACACAUCCAAAUUUCCAAGUCGAACUUUACAAUUGUAUCAACUUGACUGAAACUAUUGAGGAAUUUGAGUCAGCUUGGAAUUGUAUCAUUGAAAAAUAUAAUUUAGCAAAAAAUGAUUGGCUCCAAUCAUUAUAUAAUGCACGUGCUCAAUGGGUUCCUGUGUAUGUCCGCGAUUCAUUUUUUGCUGUUAUAUCUCCGAAUCAAGGAUAUGAUGAUUCAUUUUUGGAUGGAUAUGUGAACCAGCAGACUACAUUACCAUUGUUCUUUAGGCAGUAUGAAAGAGCUUUAGAAAACUGGUUCGAGAAGGAAAUAGAAGCGGACUUUGAUACAAUGUGCACUACACCUGUACUGAGAACACCAUCUCCUAUGGAGAAACAGGCAGCAAAUCUUUAUACGAGAAAAAUUUUUGCAAAAUUUCAAGAGGAGCUUGUUGAAACUUUUGUCUAUACUGCUAAUCGAAUUGAAGGAGAUGCAGCUUUUAGCACUUUUAGGGUUGCUAAAUUUGAGGAUGACCAGAAGGCAUAUGUUGUCACAUUAAAUUACUCAGAUAUGAAAGCUAACUGUAGUUGCCAAAUGUUUGAGUAUUCAGGCAUUCUUUGCAGACAUGUAUUAACCGUCUUCACAGUAACUAACGUACUUACAUUACCAUCUCAUUACAUCUUGAAAAGAUGGACAAGAAAUGCAAGGAGUGGACUUGGAUCGGAUGAACGUGCUAUUGAGUUACAUGGACAGGAGUCUUUAUCAUCAAGGUACAAUAGUUUAUGCCGAGAAGCAAUCAGGUUUGCGGAGGAAGGAGCAACUGCUCCAGAAACCUAUACUGUUGCCAUAACUGCACUUAAAGAAGCUGGAAAAAAAGUAGCAAUCAUCAAGAAGAAUGUUGCAAAAGUUGCGCCUCCUAGCUCACAGGUUAGUGGGGCUAGCUAUGAUGAGAGGAAGACCUCAGCUUCAGCAUCAGAUACGACCCCACUGCUGUGGCCUCGUCAAGAUGAAGUUAUGAGACGAUUUAAUCUUAACAAUGCUGGUGCUCCUGUUCAAUCCAUCACUGAUUUGAAUUACCCACAUAUAUCUCCUGUGACCCUUCACCGAGAUGAUAAUCCUCCUGACCACAUGGCUGUUCUUCCUUAUCUGAAAUCAAUGACAUGGGUGAUGGAGAAUAAAAAUUCGACCACAGGAAAUAGAGUUGCUGUUAUCAACCUGAAGCUGCAAGACUACAGCAAGAGUCCGUCUGCUGAAUCGGAAGUGAAGUUUCAACUCUCAAGGGUUUCACUCGAACCAAUGUUGAGGUCUAUGGCAUACAUUAGCGAACAGCUCUCGACGCCAGCAAACAAGGUUGCUGUCAUCAACUUGAAGCUUCAAGAUACUGAGACAACUUCUGGAGAGUCUGAGGUUAAGUUUCAGGUCUCUAGAGAUACACUAGGUGCGAUGCUGAGGUCAAUGGCAUACAUCCGUGAGCAGCUUUCAAAUACUGCUGAAACUCAGUCAGAACCACCUCUACCAAAAAAGCAACGGAAGUAAGGACCUCAGACACCUGCUCGAGGACCUCACGGCACGUUAAGUCAUUUAUUUCUGGAGCCUGCCAACGUAGAAGACUACAAAAUGCUUGCUAGUCUGUCGAGAUUCGAGAAUGUUUGGAUGAUCCCACUUUUCUCUUUAGUUUAGGCUAGCCACAUUUCCCUCUAUAGAUGUACAUAUAACACUAGAUUCAAGCAUCCAAUGGUCCUAAGGGUCAUCUUGUUAGGGUCAGGCAAGGACCAUAUGGUAUGAUGCCUCCAGGAAUAGAGUAGCUCCAUUAAUUAAUGCUUGUUUUCUUCUCAUCUCCUAAUUAUAUGCUCGGAGAUUGCUGGCAACCUCAGAAUUUCGGCUGCUGCUGUUAUAGAAGUGAAAGGACUGUCAUUGAAGCUGCUCAACUUCUGACUGCCCCGCUUUCCGUGAAACCGAGUCUGAGAUUUCAGCUUGCUUGCUUUCUGCUGAGGAAGGAUGAAAAUGGAGAUGGCCACAAUCCAAAUUCGAAGAAUCUGAUACUCACCCGAGUCGCUAACAAAGGUAUGCCCCCCCUCCCUGUGUUGUUACUUGUGCAAAGAGGGUCACCAUGUACUGUGUACAUAAGGGUCUCAUUGAUAUUUCUGCUCAAAUGUGAAAAUAAGACUACAAUUGCUGUGUUAUCUUAUUAUCAUUUCCUUGUUAGGUCAAUAACCUUUUGUUCA